UACCUAUGGGGUGAUUUAUAUACGGCGUUCCCUCUGGAUCUUUACGUUUCUGGUUGCGGUGUUUCUCUGCGGCAAAUUGGACAGUUUCUAACAAUAAAGCUGCAUCUGAGUUCAUGGUGUAAAAAUCACGUCCUGUCAGCCGUGGAUGACUGAGUGUUGUCCGGCCUCCGUCGUGUGUCCAGCAUGGCUCACAGUGCCAGGAGAGACUCCCCGGAGCUCCCCGACUUCUCCAUCCUCAAGAGGCUGGCCAGAGAUCAGCUCAUCUACCUGCUGGAACAGCUGCCCGGGAAGAAGGACCUCUUCAUUGAGGCAGACUUGAUGAGCCCGCUGGAUCGUAUUGCAAAUGUAUCAACACUAAAGCAACAUGAAGUGGACAAACUGUACAAAGUGGAACACAAACCUGUUAUCAGCACCUCAGAUCAGCUCUGUUUCCUGAUCCGACCAAGAAUACAGACUGUCAAAUGGAUAUGUGAUGUGGUGAACGCAGACAAGGUACCUGGAAAAUCCCGAAGAUACAAGAUCAUCUUUACCCCUCAGAAGUUCUAUGCGUGUGAGGCCGUGCUGGAGGAGCAGGGGAUCUUUGGCGAUGUCACCAUAGAUGAGUGGCCUUUCUACCUGCUUCCUCUUGAUGAUGACAUCAUCAGUCUGGAGCUGCCAGAAUUCUUUCAAGACAACUUCCUGGCCGGAGACCAGCGCUGGGUGAGGACCGCCGGCAGUGCCCUCCACCUCCUGUACUCCCUGUACGGCCCAUUCUCAAAGGUCUACGGGAUUGGGCGCUGCUCCAAGAUGGCGUACGAGUCAUGGAGGGAGCAGGUCGAAGAGGGAGAACAAAAAGCUCGUCAGGCUGAAAUUGGGAAUGUUUUCCUUAUUGACAGAGAUGUGGACUUUGUCACUCCUCUGUGCUCACAAGUUGUCUACGAAGGCCUCGUCGAUGACAUCUUUAGAAUCAAAUGUGGAUGUGUGGAGUUUGGACCUGAUGUUACCUCCUCUGACAAAAGUGUGAAAGUGAUGCUGAACUCUCAGGAUAAGGUGUUCAGUGAAAUCAGAAAUGAGCAUUUCUCGAACGUCUUUGGUUUUCUCAGUCAGAAAGCCAGGAAUCUGCAGACUGCAUAUGACAAACGUCGGGGGAUGGACAUAAAGCAGAUGAAGGCGUUUGUGUCAGAGGAGCUGAAAGGGUUAAAGCAGGAACAUCGACUGCUGAGCCUGCACAUUGGUGCCAGUGAGUCGAUAAUGAAGAAGAAAACAAAGCAGGACUUUCAGGAGCUGCUGAAGACAGAACACUUGUUACUGGAAGGAUUUGAAAUCCGUGAAUGCAUUUCUUACAUAGAGGAGCACAUCAACAGACAGGUGUCCAUGGUAGAAAGUCUGCGGCUGCUUUGUCUGCUGUCUAUCACAGAAAACGGACUGCUGCCAAAAGACUACCGCUCAUUAAAAGCACAGUAUUUACAGAGCUAUGGAGUGGAUCACCUGCUUACAUUUUCCAACCUGAGGCAGCUGGGGCUGCUGGUUGAGCAGCAGCCGGGAGAGACGCUCACUGUAAUGGAGAGCAAAGUGGGCAAACUGGUUAAUGAUAAAACUGCAGGAAAACUGACAGAUGCCUUUUCCUCUCUGGCAAAGAAGAGCAAUUUCAGAGCCUUGAGCAGAAAACUUAACUUGGUGCCAAAGAUGGAUGAAGAAUAUGACCUGCGUGUCCCUCGAGACAUGGCGUAUAUCUUCAGUGGUGCCUACAUCCCUCUGAGCUGCAAACUCAUCGAACAAGUGCUGGAGCGAGACGGUUGGAUGGGGCUUGAAGAAGUCACCAGGCUGCUAAAUGGGCAUGAAUUUGCAGUUACAGGGAGCAGCGGAGUGGAUUCAAAGGGAAAGAACGACACUCAGCGUAUCAUACUGGUCAUGUUUCUUGGUGGAUGCACCUACUCUGAGAUUUCUGCCCUUCGGUUCCUCGGCAGAGAGAAAGGUUAUAAAUUCAUUGUGGUUACAACUGCAAUUACAAACAGUUCCAGACUCCUGGAGGCUUUGCUGGGCAACCACGUAUGAAGCCUGGCAGCACAUCAUUAUGGACAGACACUGCUGAGUAGCCACUUGCCAUGCAUUCCUCCAACACUGGCAUUAAAGAUAAAGAAAUGCUUCAUUCUGGUCUGUUUCUGAUGACGCGAGAACUGUGAAGAUGUAUAAAGUGAAUAAACGUUUCUUAACAUCUU